AUGACCUCAUUCAAUCAAUCAGCUUUGCUGGUGAUACUGCUGACGACCGCCACACUUGUGGCAGCAGAUACUUUGACAUGGGUCAACAACCCCAAUCACUACAACUACUUUGAGUCGACCAAUUGGAACCCCAGCGCCGUGCCCAGUACCGACAGCUCCCUCCAGAUUACCAACCCCAACUCUUACGUGCUGCUCUCGACCGCUGCUUCAUCCGUCUCAUCACUGCUGUUCAACACGACGUCCAAUGGCACAUUAGUGAUCAAAACGUCGGGCAGCCUAUCAGCUCAAUCGGCUCAGAUUCUCGGCGCCUCCACACUCUUUGUGGACAAGUCCUCACAAACUACACCAGCAUUCUCCGUUGCCCAAGGUGGAUCAAUGUCCUCCAAUCUCUUCUUUAAGUCCGGUCUAAUGAAUGUCAACAACUUCCAAUUCAGCAAUGCUCAGCUGCAGUUCCCCUCUGGACAGCAGACUAUCAACUCAAACUUCUUGACUCUAUCCAACAGCAAGAUUACACAGAGCUCUGGAUCGACCUGCAGCCUUGGUGUCUCUGCUCGUAUCAUCUCGUCAUCGAUUGACUCUCAAUAUGCCACACUUACCAACAAUAACAAUGUAACAUCAACCAUUCACUCGUCUAAUCUGACGUUUUUAGGAUCGACAUAUACUACUACGAGCUACUACUUGAUGGAGAAUGUAGCAUUCACUGCCAAACUGUCUAAUGUGGCCUUUGACACAAUAAGCCUCGUUCAAAGCGCAAGCUUCAGCGCCGAGAGCUCUUUGGUAUCAUUCAACAAGGUGUUCUCGACUAUAAGCUCCAACAGAGUGUCCCUGCGUAACUUUUGUCUGCUUACAAGCUCGGCAACAUCCUCCAGCUUGGUCGGCGGCUUCAACUCCACCAUCUAUCUGGAGAACGUCAUACUGGCACUCAAGGGCAAGGUGGUGAUCAGGGACAAUGCAAAUAUUAUCUUCUCGGGACUGGUGCUGCCCAUCCUGCCACUCAACAUCAAGGUGUACGACAAUGCCAAGAUCAAGUUCCAGCCCUACUCUCCACCCGUCCAACCAAUCCGUCACAACCUCUAUGCGUCCGCUGCUGAGGCUGGCGCCAACACAACACAGAGCAACAUCACCGUUCCAACCAACGCCACAUCCCCACUCAGCAUCGAGUUGAAUGGCAAUGCUCAACUCCACGUGGAGAACAACCAGCUCCAAAACCUAAACCUUGUCAACAGUGGAACAGGUCUCAUUUCAUUCUCCAACUCCAACGUGACCAACUCGACCAUAUCAACACCAAACUUGGUUGUCAGUGGAACAUUCAAGAUGAAUCAAUCAAGGAUCAAUGCUGAUGUCAAUAAUCAGGGUGAUAUAAUUGGAAAUGGAGUGCUCAAUGGUGAUGUGAUCAAUUCUGGUAGCGUUGGCUCAAUCUACACCACCGACAAGAUUCAAGUCAAUGGUGCCCUCACCUCUGGCGACUCUUCAUCCUCAGUUGGCAUCCUCAUCGAGUCAGUCAACAGUUAUUCACAGAUCAACAUUACCGAACUUGUCAACUUCACUGGCACUGUAUACAUUCGUAUCAAUCAAGGAGCGAUCGUACCUAAUGCCAUUUACAAUGUGUUGUAUUAUAAGAACAAGACAGACUCUGACUUUAACAAUAUUACAAUAGUCUAUGGUGGCGCGAAUAGUACAGGUGGCAACACAAACACAGCCAACUCCAACAUUGCAUACUCUGUCAAGUAUGUUGUUGAUGGUGAUCAACAGGUUGUAAUGACAGUACAGAUGCAUGGAGAGCCAGCCAAACAAAGUGUUAUGAUCUACAGUGUUGUGGCUGCUGGAUGUCUUGUCCUUGUGGCAACCAUCGUUGCCACUGCAUUCCUAGUCAUCCGUAGACAACGUAACAAGAAGCUGAUGACUCCAACCACAGUGGACAGUCCAUCAACCAACACAGAGCUGACAAUCAUUAACUAG